CGUGUGGCGAUUUCUAACAUUUGUUCAGCAUGAAGUUUUGUUUUGCAGCUUGUGGUUUUGAGUGCUUGUCUGCGCGCGAUGAAUGUCCUGGCCGACUCGCAAGGAAUCUACAAACCCCUUCAAGGGUCCGAAAUUCGCGUCAUCAAGCUCACUCCCCUCGAUCGUCUCGACGCCGAAGCUCCCGUACACGCCACUCUGGCGCAUGUGCCGCUGGGCGAAACUGCCGAUUUCUUUGCCCUGUCCUACGUCUGGGGGGACGCCACAGAUACCAAAACGAUACCCCUCGACGGACGUGAUUUUCCUGUGACCAUCAACCUCUGGAAGGCACUCAUCUACCUAAGGUGCCACUUUAAACCUGGUCGACGGCCCAGAGAUACAGAGCUGCCAGCUUCGCUGCUGCUGAGCGCUAACAGGCCGCAUAAUGGCUGGGAGCACGCUGCGCCCUGGGCCGAAGGCCAGGUUUGUUGGUGGGUUGACGCCUUGUGCAUAAACCAGGCCGACCUGGUCGAGAGGGCCGAGCAGGUCCCGCGCAUGCGCGCCAUCUACUCGCUGGCGACCCGCACCAUCAUCUGGCUGGACGCCCCGGUCGGUCUCCAUGUCCACCCUUGGAAAGGCAGGGAGGAGGAGUUCGGGCGCCUCUGCGCCAGCGCCGCCAGCGCUGCGGAACGAAGCUACGACGUGUGCGCCCGGCUGGGCGCUAGCCUUUCGGGGAUGUUUAAGGCGAGCGAGAUCCCAGCUCCGGCUCGACGCGAACUCGCAAAGGAGCUUGGCCCCGAGCUUGCCGAGCUUGCCGACACCAUGGGACGCCGGAUCUACCCGUACGUCACAAGGUACUUCAGGCGCGUCUGGACUCUGCAGGAAGCCGUGCUCCCACCCGUCGACCCAGUCGUCCUCCUGGGCUGCAGCCAAACUACCCUUAGGAAGCUCGGCCUACUGUAUCUCGGUCUUAAGGAAAUCUACAGGGCCCCCAAUCUCCGAAAAACGAUAGAGCGCACCCUAAAAGCCAGCCUCCAGAUGACGCACAUUCGCGAUACCCUAAUACUUGCGGAGCGGCUCGCGGCAGAUGGAGGUCAUCUGAGACCGUCAGUCCUGGGAGGGACGGACGGUUCCGGCCAUGAAACCGUCGUAUCGGGACAGCUGGAGCGCAACCUGAACAGCAUAAGCUCCAGCAGUAGCAGCAGCCCGGCCGCAAGCGUAGCCGGCGAGCUCAGGACCUUCGCCGCGCAGCUCCGCUCGCUCCUCCACACCUUCAACGGCGACCGGCUUGCGACGAAUCCCCGCGAUCGCAUCUACGGCCUGCUGGGCCUCGUGACCCUGCCCAGCCGCCUGCCGCGCGGGCUGCAGCCGGAUUACGGGCAAAGUUUUGCCGAAGUCGCCCUCAGCUACGCCGGGUUCCUCGUGGAGUGGUCCGGGUAUCUGGACGUGGUUGGCCUCCGACCCAACGGGUUCCGGGGUUACCCGUCGUGGGUGCCCGACUUCACCAACACCAUGUUCAACCUCGAGACCCCGCACACCAGGAGCGUCGUCCGCCUUGCCGAGGGCGGCCUGUGCAUCAUCGCCCGCGGCGCCCAGGUCGGCGUCGUGGAGGCGGUGCAUUUCGAGCCUCUGGGACAGGAGAUGAGCGACGGGACGGACCUCGACGCCGCGGCGCAGGGCAAACUCCUAUCCGCGUGGGAGACCUUCCUAGCCACGAUCAUCCGGCCGUCUGCGCGAGCUGGAGGUCUGGCAUGCCGCGCCGUCAUGGGGGGUUUCCUGGAGAACUUGGCUCUAGACGAAGAUCACGACAAGAGCGGCCUGCUCGCCCUCCUGGAUGCCCAUGAGGAUUCCGCGGCGGCAUCUAAAGGGGCGGGCUCCAGCCCAAGCAAGACGACCAUCCCAGCUGUCCCUACCGCUCCUGCUACUCCAGAUGCUCGGACAGAUUCAUACUGGCAAGUAGCCGUGGCGUGCGCGCCGACAUUGAUCCGGUUCUUUGAGCACUCGAUUUACCUACAUCUCGACGAGGAGUACAUGGAGGAUGAAGGAGGCCUGAGCGCCUGGCUGCCCGCACGGGGCGACCGCGUCGUUGCCCUUAGGGGAACCUCGGAGCUCACGGUGCUUCGCCCACUAAUUGACGAGCAAAGUCGCGACUGUGAUGCUGCUGACGUGGGGGAUGGGCUCCGGGUGCUGACUUCCGGCUGUUUUGGGCUCUAUCCCAAGCUCAUAAGCCUGACCGAGACCUACUUCUCUGAAGAAGCCGGGGCUGAAAAGGGAGUUUGAGAUCUGGUAGCGACGCUACGUACUGAUGGUUUGACACUUUUUGUGCGCUUUCCCUGUGCCGCCCUUUGCUCUUCUAUCGGCUGCUUCACUGCACAUCAAGAGAACACAGC